AUCCAAUCUUUACGGGAAAAAUAAACCAGAUCCAGGGGUAGAAGAUGAAGUUUGGAAAAGAAUACGAGACGCAGAUGAUCCAAGAAUGGCGAGAAGCUUACAUGGAUUACCGUUCUCUCAAAGCCAUCGUCAAACAGAUCCUCCGUCACCACCAAAAAAAACAACAACAACAACGUCCACCUCCUCUUCCUUCUCAACAAAACGGAGAGACCGCACCGUCGCUCCAACCCAACGGCGGCGUAAACCAAGUCGGAGAGGAAACCGGUCCAACAGGGUUAUCAAGAACCAUAUCUCUCUACCGCGCAUUUAGCGGUCUGACCAACCGAUCCAGAGGCUCCCCGAAGAAAUCACACAAACAAAACAAUCCUCUAAGCAGCAAACGCCACCACCAUUACCAUCUCUUCGACGACGACGAGGAUCAAGUCAUUCUCAUCAACGAAGACAAGACGGGAACCUACACGACGACGUUUCUAUGCUCAGCUGAGGAAGGAGGAGAUAUGGACGUUCAGUUUUUCAGGCGGCUUGAUGGAGAGUUCAACAAGGUGUUGAGAUUCUAUAAGCAGAAAGUGGAGAGUGUUAUGGAGGAAGCAGAUGAGCUUAGUAGACAACUAAACGUUUUGAUCGCUCUUAGGGUUAAAGUUGAGAAUCCAAACAUUGUUUUUCCCAACAUUAGUGCUGUCUCUAGUGCUAGUUCUUCUCCACAUUCAACCCCUAGGACUCCAGCCACUUCACCACUGCAAGUGAUCAAAGAAGUGGAACAAAAGGAACACAAGAAAGACAAGAAAGUCUACAAACCUGCUCCAGUGGAAAUAUUGGAUCAUAUAAAGAUCAAGAUCGAAGCGGAAACUCCAUUGCAAACUCUUAAAAGCAUGAUCAUGGGUCUCACAAGCCAGCAAAACUUCAGCAAAGUUGAGCUUAAGGGAGCUGAGGAGCUUAUGAGCCGCGCUUUUGUUGAGUUCUACCAGAAACUUAGGUUCCUAAAGAGUUAUUGCUUCUUGAAUCAGUUGGCAUUUUCAAAGAUAUUAAAGAAGUAUGACAAGACUACUUCGAGGAAUACAUCGAAGCCUUAUCUAAACACAGUGGACCAUUCUUAUUUAGGCAGCUGCGAUGAGGUCUCGAGGCUCAUGUCAAGAGUGGAAGCCACGUUUAUUAAACAUUUCGCCAAUGGAAAUCACCGAGACGGGAUGAAAUCUUUAAGGCCUAAAACUAAGAGGGAGAAACACAGAGUCACAUACUGCCUCGGCUUCUUGUCUGGUUGCGCUGCGGCUCUCGCAAUUUCAAUAGCCGUUGUUGUACAUAUAAGAGGCAUAGCAAAAAGCGAAGGCAGACAUCAGUACAUGGAGAACAUCUUCCCUCUUUACAGCUUGUUGGGGUUCGUUGCGGUUCAUCUGUUUAUGUUUGCAGGAAACAUAUACUUUUGGGGUAGAUAUAGAGUAAACUACCCGUUUAUCUUUGGUUUUGAGCAUGGGACCGAUCUAGGUUAUAGAGAAGUUCUUCUGGUUGGCGCUGGUCUAGCUGUUCUAACAUUCGGAGGAGUACUCUCUAAUCUCGACAUGGAAAUGGAUCCAAGAACCAAAAGUUUUAGUGUCAUCACGGAGCUAGUUCCUUUAGCUCUUCUCUUCUGCUUGUUGACGGUCUCUUUCUGUCCAUUCGAUAUAAUAUAUCGGGCAAGCCGAUAUUUCUUCAUCGGAUCCGUCAUCCGCUGUGUUCUAAGCCCGCUCUAUAAGGUUAUUCUCCCGGACUUCUUUCUCGCAGAUCAAUUAACGAGCCAGGUGCAAGCAUUUAGAAGCUUAUUGUUUUAUGUUUGCUAUUAUGGAUGGGCCGGAGAUUUCAAGAAACGAACACAUGAAUGCUAUGAGAGUGACAUUUAUAAAAAACUCUACCUUGUCGUUGCCAUAGUUCCUUACUGGUUCCGCUUUGCUCAGUGUGUAAGGAGGUUGGUAGAGGAGAGAGACAAAAAUCAGGGCCUAAACGCGCUAAAGUAUCUCUCGACUAUAUUGGCGGUUGCGACUAGGACAAUCUUCGAGAUGCAGAAAGGGAGGUACUUGCUUACUGUGGCUGUAGCCACGUCGACCAUUGCCACAUUGUUCAAUACAUACUGGGACAUUUUCAUGGAUUGGGGUCUCAUGAACCCCAACUCCAAAAACCCUUGGCUUCGUGACAAACUCUUAAUCCCUCACAAAAGCACAUACUUCAUUGUCAUGGUGGUGAAUGUGGUGCUGAGGCUGGCUUGGAUGCAGACGGUUCUUGGGAUUAGAGAAGCUCCAUUUUUGCACAAAAGAGCUUUGGUUGCUGUUGUUGCCAUCUUAGAGAUUAUUCGUCGUGGCAUUUGGAACUUUUUCAGGUUGGAGAAUGAGCAUUUGAACAAUGUGGGGAAGUACAGAGCCUUCAAGUCUGUACCUUUGCCUUUUCAAGAAGCUGGAGGAAACAAGAGCAUGUAAACUAUACAUAUAAUUUCUCCCAA